UAUAUCGUUACUCUUCUGAACCCAUCAAAAUCUCAUUUAGGAUAGCUUGGUGUGAAUGAUCGAUCCAAGUAACCGUUCGUCUGCUGAUGGGAUAGAAGUAGUACACUAGAAUUGUGUUCAUGAAAACGAUAUACUUUUGGAGAUGAUACUGGUGUUUUGAAUGGUGUAGAUGUAGACCCCAGUGUUGCUGAAAUUACAGAAAUGGCAUCUCCAAAUGGAAAUGUUGAAAAUUUUGAUGAGUUGGAUGGCGCUGCAACUGAUAACUCAUCUGUGGUGGAAAUCAGGGAAGUAGCAAAUGGCAGCAGCAAUGGCAACAAUGUGGACAAUUCUAAUGAUAAGGAUGUUACUACAGUAGAGGAUCAAUCAAGGCAAUUAAGAGCUCAAAAGGGUCCUGUGAAGGAAAAGUGCACAAAGCCCACAGGUUCGAAAGGUGUUCAUACAAACUCGGUGAAAAGAUUCCAAGAUGGAAAAGAUGAACAUGCAUCAUCUGCUGUUUCAAAUGGUACUUCAGCUUCAGAACCCCACCCUAGGCAGCCUGCCAAAAUCAGAUCGUAUGAUGACAAGGAAACUCUGUUGUCGAAGCACCCUGGAAAAUCUGAUCCAGUGUCUUCUGAAGUACCACUGGACAAAGCUAAACCAAGAUCAUUGAAGAAAGGGCCCGCUGAAAAUGUUCAAGGAGGAACAGAAUGUUCUUUUCCUACUGCAGAAGAUGCUAAACCUCGCAGGGUUGGGGCACUUCCCAAUUAUGGAUUCAGCUUCAAAUGUGAUGAGCGAGCUGAGAGAAGAAAACAGUUUUACUCAAAGCUCGAGGAAAAGAUUCAUGCAAAGGAAGUGGAGGAGAAUAACCUACAAGCAAAAACCAAGGAGACCCAAGAAGCUGAGAUUAAGAUGCUUAGGAAGAGUCUUGCAUUUAAAGCAACUCCAAUGCCUAGUUUUUACCAGGAGCCUACUCCUCCUAGGGUCGAGUUAAAGAAGAUACCAACUACAAGAGCGAAAUCCCCCAAGCUUGGUCGUAGGAAGAGCGCAACACAUCCAGGGUCAGAAGGAGACGCUAUCAGCAGUGCUCAAGUAGGUCGUUUAAGCCUCGAUGAGAAAGCGUCUCAGAGUACACCAACUAAAGGAAUUUCUCCUGUCAAUCAAAAGAAGCCGCAGCGAAAAUCUCUUCCUCCUCGACUGGCUUCUGAAAAGAGUAGUCAAUCCAAUUCAUCUACUGCGCGGACUCCAUCUAAGAUCACAAAAACCCCCAUAUCUAGUGUAGCGACUAAAGUUACCACCUUGUCCAAUUCAACAGUGAAAGAUAAGGUCAAGGUGGCUGAGGCCAAUGAAGAAAACAACAUCUUGUCCCAUGAAAAAAGCAAAGUUCCACCUCUGAAUGCGGCUCCCAGUUCCAUGGACAAGCCAAGUGAAGCCGAGUUGUGCACAAAUGGCAAUGUACUCAGAGAAGAGAAACAAGAACAAGAACGAACCUUUGUACAACAAGAACCCAUAGCGACCGAGAAUUAAGUAAGUGGCAGGAGCAGAACUGAGAAACCUACUAUCCAGAGCAGUUCAUUCGUCUUGUGGAUAUUGCAGAAGCAUAUGACUGAGAUUAUUUAACAACAAAGGCCUGCAGAUUUGCAUUAUGGUUUGUAAUGUCAAUUUGUCGAAGCAGCAUUGUCUCGCGUUGUUCGCUCACUCCCGAAACACCGUCUUUCAAAAGUCAGAGAGAAAAUUAAACUACAAGGAUAAUGACUGCUCACAAUACUACAUCCAUAUGCCGAGGCGCAUAGUGUCCGCCACCUAUCCCAAGAAGGACUUUCUUCUUAUCAUUCUCCCUACAAGAUCAUGAGAUAUAGAUUCAGGUUAGAAGUUAGAACAAACUUUGAAAAAUGUAGCACAAAGAUAUUACAUUAAAGAAACAAACAUGAUUUUUCUCAAGAACUAUAUUCCAUAGGAUGCAUUAUGCAAUGUUGGCAGCAUUAGAACAAUUUAAAAGAUAUCAAGAGCAGAUGCUAAA